AUGGUUCCCACGAUACCAGUGUUCAGUCCUCACGUGGCAGGUGGCCUAACCGUCCUUUUCACCAUCAUCUACAUUGCUCCCUUCUAUUUUUCACCCACUCUUCGAAGCAACUCCAUCGCCAAUCGUAACACUCCUUCUGUGAUCGAGGCCCGCAUCCGCGCUGUAAUCUGGAGUUGUGUGGUCAGUAUAGUCAUCACUGUCUGUAUCCACCUUCUCAAGGGUCAUCUCACCGUUGGAGAAGUGCUUCACCUACUCGGCGUGUAUCCCGUGAACGUUAUCGAUACUGUCAAGUCUUUUCUGCUUGUAGCCAUCCUCUUCGCCGGUCCUCUGUCCGAGAGAGCAAUCGUCGAAGGAGAAUGGAGAAGCUGGGGAGGUGCCGCGAUCAAGGAAACGGUCUAUGACGACCUGAUAGGUUGGCGCAAUCUCGUCGUUGGCCCUGUAAGCGAAGAACUGGUGUUCAGAAGUCUUGCAAUCUCACUAUUCGUACUGGCCAAGGCAUCUGCACAGCGUAUAACGUUUACCUCGCCGUUGAUUUUUGGCGUGGCUCACGUACACCAUUUGCAUGAACACAUCAACUCUUCUCGCCGUCCUGGAGCAAGCUAUUUGGCUACCGCCUUGACCCCUUCCGUCAUAUUGCCUGGCCUGAUUCGCUCCAUCUUCCAGUUCCUGUACACCUCGCUGUUCGGAAUGAUCGCUGCCUUCAUCUACGUGCGUACAAGUUCUCUCGUAGCAUGUAUCCUUGCUCACAGUUUUUGCAAUUGGAUGGGUCUUCCCAGAUUCUGGGGCCGCGUUGGUGAGGAGGUUGGAGAGGAAAUGCUAGACCAGACACACGGCGCCGAUGGCAGUGUGGCUGACACCUUACAAAGUGGCACGCACGGUCAAAGACUGUCUGUUACUUGGACACUUGCAUACUACGUGGUACUCUUUGCAGGCGCGAUUGGGUUCUGGAAACUUCGGUGGUCAUUGACGAACAGUCAUCUGGCUUUGGCACAAUUCUAG